AUGAGCAAAUCCACCGAUCACCACGCUGUUGUCGAGGAAGAGUUCUUGAUGCUAGAACAUGUCCUGAAUCAGACGGCUGGCGAUACGUCGGCAUGUCUGAAAUUGCUGAAGAAGCACCUUUCCGAGUAUGAUAGCCGUAAUAGCAAUCACCUUUCCAAUACUGCCACGUCGUAUAUGAAGAAGGACAUGCGCACGGCAAAGGACGCUGCGUCGAGUCUGAAGCAUGUGGCUGAUGAGAUGAGCAAGAACCGGACCAAGACGGAGGUAGCAUCUGCUCGCAACAUGAUGAAUGCCACAGCCAAGGCAAUGGAAACGCUGAAGAUAACGGCUCGUAACUACGACAAGGAGAACAAGCAGUCAAAGGGGAUUAAGGGCACGAUCGAUGCUGCCAUGGGUGGCCAUCACAACAAGGACAAGGACGAAAAACAUGACAAGAAGAAGGACGAGAAGCAUGACAAGAAGAAAGACGAGAAGCAUGACAUGAAGAAGGAAGGGAAACACGACAAGAAGAAGGACGAGAAGCACGACAAGAAGAAGAACGAGAAGCACGACAAGAAGAAGGACGAGAAGCACGACGAGAAGGAAGACGAGAAGCACGACAAGAAGGAAGACGAGAAGCACGAGACGAAGAAGGACGAGAAGAAGAAGGACGAGAAGCACGAGAAACACGACAAGCAGAUGGUCGAUAAAUACGACAAGAAGGAAGACGAGAAGCACGAGAAGAAGAAGGACGAGAAGCACGAGAAACACGACAAGCAGAUGGUCGAUAAAUACGACAAGAAGGAAGACGAGAAGCACCACAAGAAGGAAGACGAGAAGCACGAGAAGAAGAAGGAUGAGAAGCACGAGAAGAAGAAGGACGAGAAGCACGAGAAGAAGAAGGAUGAGAAACACGAGAAGAAGAAGGAUGAGAAACACGAGAAGAAGAAGGACGAGAAACAUGGAUUGUUUGGUAAGGAUUACACUCAUAAGGAUGGAGGUUUACUCGACACCAACGACAAAAAUGGAGGUGGCAUCCUGGGGAGCACGGAUACCGUCGAGGUAUUAGUGGAGAAGACACUUCACGACAACUUCAGCCUCACUGCGUUGGACCACCAAAUUACCGCAACAGAGAAGGCUCUAUCACCUUCUAUGAUGGAGCGUGCAAAGGAAAAGAUACACGAUGUCAAGGAGAAGUUGACAGGCGACUCCAAACACAUGUGA